CAACCAAUCAGAAGCCCCAAAUCUCCGAUAUCCCCAUCUCCUCCUCCCCUCCCCGCCACAACCAAAUCACCGUCAAUCCAAGCGCCACACGCGUCUCCCUCCUCCGCCACAAGCACGGCGGUCGACCCAAGCACACCACACGCUCGUCUCUCCGGGUCCCCACUCGCCCAGCCAACACUUUCAUUUUACCUCUCUCCUCUAGUAUCUAUCUAUCUCCUCCCUCCUCUAGUGUUUGAACAAAUCUGUAGUGUUCGCCCUCCGCAAAGGGAUAUUUAAGAAAGAAGGGUCGACAAAGGAGACGUUCUGCUUAGAUUUCAGUUAUUCAAAGAGGAAGAAGAAGUUGCAUUUGCGAGCUCUCAAUCCGCUUCUAUUCUACAAUGGCAGCUGCGAACAGUCUCGCCACAGCAUUUCUAGGUGCGGCGGCGGCGAAGGCGGAGCCUUUCCGUGCAAACAGGUCAUCCAAGUCCACCGCGUCUCCUGCUUUUAGCUUUAGGGUUUGCCAGAGAGGUGUGGCCUUCUUUGGGAGCCGGAGAGGCGCUGUCCGAAGGAGCCCGCGGUGCGAGGUUCAGGUUGAUAUCAAAGAGAAGGCAGCAGCCAGCAUCUCUGCCAUCGAGCAGUUCAAGAUCUCUGCCGACCGUUACAUGAAGGAAAGGAGCAGCAUAGCUGUUAUUGGCCUAAGUGUCCACACUGCUCCAGUGGAGAUGCGAGAAAAGCUUGCUGUUCCAGAGGCACAAUGGCCCCGUGCUGUUGGAGAUCUGUGCGGUUUGAAUCACAUAGAAGAAGCUGCAGUUCUCAGUACCUGCAACAGAAUGGAAAUAUAUGUGGUUGCCCUUUCCUGGCAUCGUGGAAUCAGAGAAGUAACGGAGUGGAUGUCUAAGGCCAGUGGCAUUCCAGUUUCAGAGCUUAGACAACAUCUCUUCAUGCUUCGCGAAGGUGAUGCCACGAGGCAUUUGUUUGAGGUAUCAGCUGGGCUUGAUUCUCUAGUCCUGGGAGAAGGACAGAUCCUUGCACAAGUUAAACAGGUGGUAAGAGUUGGUCAAGUUAGUGGAGGGUUGGGGAAAAACAUCGACAGGAUGUUUAAGGACGCCAUAACAACUGGAAAGCGGGUUCGUAGUGAGACCAACAUAGCAUCUGGUGCAGUCUCCGUAAGCUCCGCGGCUGUUGAAUUGGCUCUUAUGAAGCUCCCAAAGCCCCACUGUGGAUCUGCCCGAAUGCUGGUGAUUGGGGCCGGCAAGAUGGGUAAGCUUGUGAUCAAACAUUUGGCUGCAAAAGGAUGCAAAAAGGUCGUGGUUGUAAAUAGGUCGGUGGAAAGAGUAGAAGCCAUUCGUGAGGAGCUGAAAGAUAUUGAAAUAAUUUACAGACCUUUCUCCCAGAUGCACUCAUGUGCUGCUGAAGCUGAUGUCGUGUUCACAAACACAGCAUCUGAGACACCAUUGUUCUUGAAAGAACAUGUCCAAGUUCUUCCUACUGUGAGCGAGGAUGUGGGGGGUGUAAGGCUCUUCGUCGAUAUAUCAGUCCCUCGGAAUGUGGGAUCCUGUGUUGCAAGUCAUGAGCAUGCACGGGUUUACAACGUUGAUGAUCUUAAGGAGGUUGUCGAGGCUAACAAAGAAGACAGGUUGAGGAAGGCAAUGGAAGCUCAGACAAUAAUCACUCAAGAGUUGAAGAGGUUCGAAGCAUGGAGGGAUUCUUUGGAGACUGUCCCUACCAUCAAGAACUUAAGGUCGUAUGCUGAUAGAAUCAGGGCAUCGGAGCUUGAGAAAUGCUUGCAGAAAGUUGGUGAAGAUGCUCUGACGAAGAAAAUGAGAAAGGCAAUUGACGAGCUCAGCACCGGUAUAGUUAACAAGCUUCUCCAUGGGCCACUGCAGCAUUUGAGAUGUGAUGGCAACGAUAGCAGGACUCUCGAUGAGACCCUUGAAAAUAUGCAUGCACUUAAUAGGAUGUUUAACCUACACACUGAUCAGAAAGCAAUCUUGGAGCAGAAGAUCAAAGCCAAGCUGGGAAAAACUCAGGGUUGAGUCACCUAACUUCUUGUUGGAUGGGCAACUCAAUACAUUUCUUCGAGACUCCUCUGUGUUUCUACAUAUUUUUGACAUCUUUUCGUUCAUGAUCUCAGCACAUUCGCCCAGUCGAUCAAUAAGAGAAGAACCUUCUCAUAGACAAGCCAGAUCGAUGCUUUGGCAGUCCCACUGCUGUAGUUUCUUAUAUGAUGGCAGCCUUUGUAGUUACUGAUUGUGCAUGACACAUCAACUAGUUGUACAUAUAUUACAUGCUUCAACUGCUAAAAUUGAUCGAAUAUUAGGUUGCUUGAUUCA